CACACAGAGAGAGACAGGCGCACGCGCGCGCGCUCGCACGUUGCACAAGAUGCGCGACUCCAGUGAAAUUGUGCUGUGAGCUCACACAAUCGACCGCGGUGACUGCAUGCUUAUAUGCCGUGCACAAACAGCCUAUCCUUCAUGUGCGACCUGUAAAUGAGAGAUCUGCAUAAACACAGCUGCUGCGUGUUUUUUUUUUAAGAUCCUAGAAGCACACAGCUUUAGAUUGGCAAUGUAAGCGUGCAUGCAUCGGAGCGGAAUUAUCACAAGAGAAGCGCGAGCGUCAGUGAGAAAUACAAUGACAAUCCAGCGGACGUAGGUUACCAGUAACCUCUGCCUAGCCCCAGAUGCCUCCCCUCCCUCUUGACGAGCGCAUAGUGGUAAUUCAGCGGCCUAAAAGCUUGGGCUUGUGCGUGGCCUCUCCACCAGCCACCUCUCAGUCUUCCUCACGUCUUACCACCCGCAACGAACCCCCACCCCGCUUACCACACAACCAACUUCCUGCAUAUCGUCUCCAUCAACCCUCUAACUCUUUGUCCCUGGAAUGCAGGCACAGGCACUUACCCCAUGGGCAAAGAGCCAAGGGCGAGAGAGGUGGCAGUACAGAGGACAGCAGCCGGAUCCCUAGUCACUGUCACAGCAAUGGGACUGUGACUCUGGGUCCCAGACCUUACACACACACUCAUAACAUUGACAUUAAAGUAUCAGUGGACAAAGGAGGGACACAUUCAGACAAAAGGUUCAGUAGCAGCUUGACUCGAGGUGAAAGUGGCAGAGAGAGCAGAGCCCAGAGGGUGUCUUCACAAUUAGCUCCAGGGCAAAGUGACAGGAAAUUCAGAGGAAAGCCUUCAGACACCGCUGAGAGGCACCAGAUCAAGGCGCAGUAUAAUAAUCACUAUCAGAACAACCUCACAGUGUCACCUGGUGGGGUGUUGGAAUUUGUUCCAGCCCAAAGACAACAAUCUAAAUCUAGGUGGACAAAAGAGGAAGAGUUGUUAUCAAAUCCACGUUUUACAACUGCCAACUACAGGGACGUGCCUUCUGUUGGUAACAAAGAAAACUCCAAACUGGGAACUGUCCAUCAGCCUCCCAAACCCCACAGUCUAUCCCAUCACCUUAGCUCUACCCCAUCAGCCCAUGCCUCCAUCCUGAACACCCACUAUCAGGUGACCCCAAACUCUGUCCCCUUCUGGGCCCCAUCUUCCUUCCCACAAGUCAGUCAAACCCGGUCCUCACGUAUCAGAGAAACACACCCCCAGAUACUUCACAGCUUGCCACUAUCUCCAACCUCUUCUCGUGAAGGCUUCCCUAGCCCAGAUCAUACUUGCACUAUUGACUUUUCACGUCCAUUCAACUGUGAUUGUUGGAGGCUGGUGUGCUGUAGAGGAGGGAGAACUCAGUCAGCUGGCUGCAAAGGGGGUACUGGAAGCUCAUCUUCUUCAUUUUCCCGAGGCCAAAGAGCAAGUGCAAACAACGGAGGUGACGGUGCCAUGGGAUUGAAGAAGUUAGGAGGGUGUCUUUCCACGGCUUCAACCACAAACACCUCUUCAUCCAACAGCACUGUCUCAGAGUGCCAGACAGGGCUUCUUAGGCCUCUGGGCUGUGCAUCCUGUUCAGGGGAAGGUGGAGGUUUUGAGAGUCCUGCUGCCUUUCGCAAAAAAUUGGUUGGUGGUUGUCUACCCUGUGCCCCAUUCUCUCCAUCUGCCCCUUUGCGUGCACUGCAAAGUUGUGUCAGUGGCUGCAACCCCAAAUCAAGUCAGGCUGGUAGCUCUACUUGUAGUUACUGCAGUAGUGAUCCUAUAGUAGUGACUUUUAACCCUCACAGAGGGAAGCCUCCUGGCUUUUCCCACAAUGCUGGGGUGCAUACCAUGGGAGGGCACCAACACGAUGAUGACGAUUACAGCGUGCGCACAAUUUGGCCUGAUGAACUUGCAAAAAAGAUGACUCAUUCUAAAACCCAACCUAACCAUCGUAGUGUAGGGAUGAGGAUGGGAACAGGAAACUCUUACAUGGGCCAUGACCAGAGUGCCAGUAAUGGAACCAGCCCAGUCAUCCUAGACUGCCGUAAUCUUCUAGAGUUUACCCGCUCUCAACUGACUGACCAUGCAGGACGACGGCGACUCCAGCAAGGCAAGAUGGCAGUUUUGGACUUCAUGGGGUCAGGAAACAAGAGAGACCCAGGCCAAGACUCUCUGAAAAGGUUGUUUAACAAGGAAGGUGAUGCUGGAAUGGGAAAUGAUGAUGGUUUAGAUGAUAUGUUUCCAAGCUCCCCUUCCCAUCGCUCUCUCACUUCUGAGUCUUCACCCUCCUUCUCCCCUCCACCAUCAGCCCCUGGCACCCUGAUCAAGCCCAAACCAAGAGGAAGAGAUUGGGAGGGUGGACACUCCUUACCAUCUGCUCAGUCACUCCAUUUGGUCCUUAACUCAUUCAAUAGAGAGCAAGAAGAGGAGAAGAGGAGAGUGCACCUCUCCCUUCCGCUCUCAUCCUCCCUCCCUGCAUCUCUGUCGGAUGAGAGUGUAAUGACUCCAGAUGUGGAAAACGCGGUGAUCAGCCCCAUUCUACCUUUCCUUUUCUUGGGGAAUGAGAGAGAUGCUCAGGACCUGGACCUGCUUCUGCGACUGAACAUCAGUUAUGUGGUCAAUGUCACCACCCACCUGCCCCUCUAUCACCUGGACACGGGUCUCGUACGCUACAAGCGUCUACCUGCUACUGACAACAGCAAGCAGAAUCUCAGACAAUAUUUUGAGGAGGUCUUUGAGUUUAUAGAGGAGGCUCACCAGAGUGGCCGAGGUGUGUUGAUUCACUGCCAAGCAGGUGUGUCUCGUUCAGCGACUAUCGUCAUUGCUUACCUGAUGAAGCACACCCUCAUGACCAUGACCGACGCUUAUAAAUAUGUGCGGAGUCGCAGACCAGUGGUGUCUCCCAACCUCAACUUCAUGGGCCAGCUGCUGGAAUUCGAGCGAGAUCUCAACUCUGGUGUUACACCUCGAAUCCUCACCCCUAAGCUGAGUGGCCUGGAAACACAAGUCUAAAAAAUCUAGAAUAAUAGAUUUUUUUUAAAAGGGAAGGAUUAGAAAGAAAUGAGGUAGACAAAGAAAGCAUGGAUUUACAACAUGCUUAUUGUGGACAAAAAAGUUUGAAUAAAAAUAAUCUGGGUGGAAAUGCAGUAGGGUAUGCUAAGGAAAUAUUUAAAAAAUGAUGUACUUCCACUCUUUUGAGUAUUUCUAUUGCAUAAUUAUAGCACUUAAAAAGAAGUAGGCAAAUGGGUGUUUGUAUAAUCAACCUCACAGUGAUACUGUGCUCAUAAUAACGUGCCAAGUUUUAUAAUGUUAAAUACUACAUAGUAAUACAUUAUAACUAUUAUUGUAUUCUACGUAUUAUCAACCUGCCCUCAUUGACAUAACCAAUGUAUAAAACAGUGAAGGCAGGGAGAAAAUGCAAUGUAAGGGCAAAAACAUGUACUGUCAAGCACAGAAAAAGACACAAAGUGAUGAAUUUCUCAGACCCGAAAACUGUAGCAAAUUUCUCACACCUUCUCCACUGUGCACAGAACUUUUCUAGACAUAUUAUCCAGUAGAGGGUUCAAUGCACUUAUUUUCUUAUCCCAGUUAACGCCAAGUUAGCUGCUGACAAAUAUUACCACACACAAAGGUUUAUUUUGCAUUUUUGCCAUUUGAAUCAUCUGCCACUUGUGUUACUACAUUUGUGGUUUACAUUCUUUUUAAAAACCUCUGUGUGGGAAAUGUGCAAUAGAAGUGUAUGGACAGUGGAGGAGAUAUUGAAUUUAAUUAUUCCAGCUUGGACACUUCCAUAAAUGGAUAUUUUAGAUGGAACCUGAGAUACCAGAAUAUGAAUAUGGUGAAUAUGAAAAGCAACAUUUUUUUUCAUGCACACAGACAGAGAGAAACAAAACAGAGAGAGAGAGAGAGAGAGAGAGAGAGAGAGAGAGUCACAAUACUGUGCUUUUAAUACAUGGUGGACUGAAAAACACUAAUGGAUUCUGUUAGAUUUUUUCUUUUCUAAUUGAAUUUAUGAACUGUUAUCUAUUUUUUAAAUCUCUGCAGGCAUGAAGGUGCAAGUACAGAUUUUAUUUUUCUAAGCACUUUGUAUAUAUUUGUUUUUAUGUGUUAAAGGUACUAAAUCAAAUGGUGUGAUAUGAGCAGAACAAGAAGGGAAUGAUCAGAGAUGAAGAAAAAGUCCAUCAUUUUACAUUUUGGUAUGAAGGAAACAAACAACAAGGUUAAUUUAAUAAUUGUUUAAUUUUAAUUACUGCUUGUCACUCUGAAUUGUAAGACAAUAGCUUACUUGAAUGAGUUUUAUUUUAUUUUUAAGUUAUUUUUACAGUAGGAUCUAGAUUCUGUUCUUCAGUCAAAACAACAGACUCAAGCUCAAAACCAUUGCCAGUAGUUUUAAACCUAUAGAUGACUGGCAAAUGUUGAAUUAAUGUAAAUGGUAUUAGAUUCUUACCUACCAGGAACAACAAUGUGAAUUAGUUAUAGUUAUUAUAGUUUUAUGAAUGGUUUUAGAAAAUACAGUUAAACAUACAUUUUAAAAGGCAAUAGUAAUAUAAGCAACAGCUUUAUAUUAUUUGUGCUUAAUCCUGCCAUCUAGAUACUGACCCUUACUGCUAUUUAAAUCAGCUUUGCUUAUUUGAUGCCAAUGAUUUUCAUAGCAUUCAUUUGAAUAAAUCAGGGGAGGAGGCAAACCAUCUACCUUUGAUGAUUAGCUAUGGAAAAUGUCCACCAGUUUAAUUCUUCCUUUCUUACCCUCUGAUCCAUUGUUUACAUUCUCUCCUUAGAUAUAGAUUUUGAACAGUGCUCUUAUGAUACUAUGCACCAUUCUAACUUUUCAAAUAUUGGAGUGUAAUCUGUGAAAAAGACCAGGCUUUGUUCAGUUCACUGUGAUAAGCUUUCUUCUUCCUGAAUAUUGUCUAGUUUUCAGCCUUAGUCCUUGAAGUCUCCCUUCAUCUGUCUUGGCACGCAGGGGUGGGGGGAUUUUGUCUGCUGUCUUUGAGCUUUUAUCUGCCUGGCUGAAGCAAUGCGCUUUCACCCUCCACUGCCGUGUCACAACUAAGUCACUCUCCCCAGAGAUUUCCACUUUGCAUUCCAGUGCAAAUCAGCUGGGCCAGGACGUGGAGCCACUAAAAAUCUGAGCAAAAAAACAAUGUGAAGUGUACACUCUGUGUGUGUGUGUGUGUAUAUGUAUGUAUGCCUCAAAAUGUUUGAUUCUCACAAGCUAACUGAAAUGAAAGUGGCUUUGUUUAAUGAUUUAAUGCUUCAUCAUUUGGUAUGGCCAGGCAAAUUCCUGUUCGCAAAGGAAAUUGAUGACGCUUACUGAAUGUGUCAGAGAGUUAAAAAUGCUCUGUGAGAUCAGACCAAUCUCAGUCUAGACACGGAUGCUGCUGAUAAACUCAGAUAUUGAGGACAACAAAACAUUUAAACUUGAAUAUUUGUACUUUGGAUAACAGUUCUAAGACAUCUGUACUGAUAUUAUUUCUUGACAUAUUCCUUUUAGCACUUGUUGUAUUGUUGUACAGUAAGUAAUUCAACUUUGAUCGUUGUUUGUAUUUUUACAUACAUGUACAACUGCAAGUGGUUCCUCCCUGCUUAGUCAAAUACAUAAAUGCCAGAAUACUGUAUAGUGACCUUAGUAUUAAUUCAUUAUAUUCUCUCAUUCAUACUUAAUCUAGAUAGAAACUUAUAAUACUAAGGUCAGGCUAUAGUAACAGUCAAUGUAGCGCCUAACAAUGGAGAGGAAAUUGACACUGCGAUAUCUUGAAAUUGUUCAAAUUUAUUCAUGCAGUGUCCAUUUUGUCUGUGAGAGACAUGGGGAUAGAUGAUGUGGAAAAUGUUUCCUUUCAUUUUUUAAUUGAAACGCCAACCUUAGGCCUGUGCAUUAAACUUGGUGGCACAGUGUAUGCAGGUUAUGUAUGUUGCCACCUCACAGCUCCAGGGUUCCAGGUUGGCUCCCGAGCUUGUAAGCAUAGGGUUACUGUCUCUCCAGAGUUUCCCACGUUGUUACCGUGUCUGCAUGGGUUUCUUCUGGAUUCUCCAGUUUCCUCCGACCUCCCCAAAACUGGUAGGUAUGUUGACUAUUCUAAAUUACCCCUAGGUGUGAAUAUGUGAGUGCAUGGAGCCUGGUGAUGGACUGGCAUCCCAUCCAGGGUGUAUUCCCAAGUCUUUCCCACUAUUCCUGGGAUAGGCGCUAUAUCCACCAUGACUGAAGAUGAAUGAAUGAAUGAAUGAAUGAUUCAAACCUUAUUAUAGGUGUGCAGUACAACAGAGUUUUGCUCUUCCAGACAUUGGGAAAAAAAGAUACAUAUUGUGAGCAAAUUUCUAAAGAGCAAUGUUCAUAUAGGAACCAUUUGAAGUGUACUUUUUAUUAUGUGUUGAUUGAUCUCUUACAUAUGUGUUUUUUUGCACCUAAUAAUGAACAACCAAAUGUAAAUUUAUGUGUAUAAUUUACUCAAACUUGAAAGUCAGUGUCUAUUUCUGUGAGUUUAUAUUUAUUUGUGUGUUAUGCCCUUUAUUUAUUUUAUUAUUUUAUUUUUUUUACAAUAUUGUGCUUAGUAUUAAAAAAUGUAAGGUUUUAUGAACCGGCAGUUUUUGGAGGGAAAAAAAGCACCCUGGAGGAUGAACUGUGUUAAGUGCUGUCCCAUUAUUGGUGUCCUGACCUUCCCUGCCUCCCUUGAUGAAGUAAUGUUGGUCCACCUAAUUUGACAACAGUGUUGUACUUCAUUGCUGUAUCUUUAUACUUUACAUGUAAACUUUCUGCUAAACUGCUAAAUAAUGAUUCUAAUGAGACAGUGUUCUAUUUUCAUAUGUUGGCAAUGUUUUUGUUUGAUCAUUACAAUUUUUUUGGUGACUCUUUUGAUAGAGGUGUAUACAAGUACUUGUGGAUGACUGGAAUAAUCUGAAUGCAUGGUGUGCUUUUUCUACAUUGCCCCUCCAUCUUCAGCAGUGACCAUGCUAUACUAUAUAGUGUGCGGUUGGAUGGUGCGGCGUAUUCAUUUGGUCCUUGUUGAUUUUAUCAUUGUGAAUUUAUAGGAAUUCUUUUGUUUUUUUUCUUUUUUUUACUCAAAUCUACUGUGACUAUGAGACUGAACUUGUUCUAAAGUAACAAUGAUAAUCAGUCAUAGAAAACUGAUUAUCACUUGUAAGGACUUUGUGGAUGAUUUACCUCUUUAAGAAAGAGCAGAAAACAGUGUAUAUUACCACAAAAUUGUCCACCUUUAUGAUGUAUUCGGAAAUCUCUGGAAAACUAAAAUGGUUUGCUGAAAUACAUUUUUUACAGUAAAUCAUCAAUAUACUGUGUCUGGAUUUCUUUGCCAGAGUUGUUUUGACAAUGAAAUGUGACUGGUAGGAUGAGGAACCAUGGACGUCACCCAAAACUUGGUUUGAAGACCACAAAUUUUAGUACAAUAAGUAAAUUGCUUAAUGACAUAUGCAAAAAGGUCAUCAGACAACAUAAAAAUGCACAGAAAAAGGGCAAAGAAACAUACUUAAACUGUUACCCUCAUUACAAAGUCUAGGAUCUAUAAAUUUGCAAAUUUAACCCUCUAGAUUAUAUAAAAUUUAACCUUACAUGCUGAGAUGGAAACAGGAGCAAGAAAUUAUACUAAAGUGAAAGUAUAGAUAAUGUGAAAAUUUUUUACUCAGUUAGCAGUGAAAGUAUGCAAGUAAAGUCAAAAAGUUAAUGUAGUAAAGUAUUAAAAAGUAAAUGUUUAACCUUUGAAAUUACGCACACUAUAUGGCCAAAUGUAUGAGGACACCUGACCAUCACACCCAUAUGUGUCCUUUCCAAAACCAUGAGCAUUAACACAGACAGCAUAAGAAGACAUUCUAGAUCAUUGUGUGCUUACUUUGUGGCAACAAACAAAGUUUGGAGAAGAAUCACAUAUGGGUGUGAUGGUCAGGUGUCCACAUACUUUUGGCCAUAUAGUGUAGGUCACAGCAGGCAAACUGGCUCGAUACCUGAUAGCUCUUUCUACAUUGAUGAAUUUGAUUGGAUGCUCUACACUGAAAGGUGAGCAAAAUGCAAAUAAAAUGCAAAAAAAAAAAAAAGUGCUAGAGCCCAUUCUAUUGAUGUAUUGUGUACAGACAUUGGCUGGAUGAGAGAAGAAAAGGCCGUUGUGAUUUGUAACUAGUACAUUUAAGGUAAGGAGUAAAAAGUAUUUUUCUUGGAAAUGGGAUUAAGUAAGAGUAGAAGUGUCGAAUACAGGACUUGAUGAUGUGUUCGUGUCACUAACUCUGUUGAGUUUUGCAUGUUCAGAUUAUGGGUUCUCUGGUUUCCUACCACCUCUGUAAAACGUGCCAGUAGGUGAAUUGGCUAUGCUAAAUAUCCACUAGGUGUGAAUGUGUGUGUGCAUAGUGCUUUAUGAUGGACUGGUGUUCCAUCUAGAAUAUAUUCCUGCCUCAUGCACAGUUUUCCUGGGAGAGGCUGACCGGGAUAAAGCUGUAACUGGGUGACUACACAGUCCUUGUUUUUUUCUACCUACAGUUCAUGACAAAAUGUAAUGCCUUAGUUAAAUGUAUAAUAUUUCAAUCAACUAACAUUUGGUUUAAAAUGUUUUGGCUAAAAUAUGACCACUACCAAAGUUAAUAUCUCAUUCAUAAACAUGGCUGACGUUUCAGACGUGAAUAGCCUGGUCAAUAAGGUUUGUCAGAUCAGCAGUUUUUCCCGGACAAAUGAAGUCACU